AGCAUAGUCCUGUGACACGUAGCCUAUUAGAACAUUUGAACAGAGGAAUUUGUGUGCUUCUUCUCCUUGGCCUCAAAGAACCAAGCGAUUAUCGAGGGAUGGGCAGUGUGUUUCGUCAGUUUUUCUGCAACAUGUAGAAAGAAAGGAAGUCGAGGCAAAUCCAAGACACUACUUACGCCAUUGUUGCAGUAACGUUUGCAAACUAUGCAUUCCCUUUAGUUUAUUUACAAAGAAGGCAGAUGACAGCGAUAACAAUCACUUUGACACUUUGUGUCUGACCUCGGCGACCCACCCAAGACCAACUACAGUCGAUUGAGAAUGGGGAAAGGAGUAUGCUCCCGGAGGCAGAGGAAAAUAUUUCAGUCCUUUUUACUCAUUACGGUCAUAUGUGGAAGUAUGUACGCAUUUAUGAUAUCAUACGAGCUGCACAAGCAGCUAAAAAAGACGGAGGCGAUGGCUCUGAAGUACCAGCAACACCAGGAAUCGUUGUCGGCUCAACUUCAAGUGGUGUAUGAGCACAGGUCCAGGCUGGAGAAAUCACUGCAGAAGGAGAGGAUGGAGCACAAAAAGGCCAAAGAUGAUCAUCUUGUAUUGAAGCUUGAGUCUGAACAGUUACUGAACAAAGAAAAGCAAGAAUCAACCAACCGCCUCAGCGCUUUGCAGGCACAACAUCAGUUAUUAAAGAGUCAACACGAUGACUUGAAGAGGCAGUACUAUGAACUACAGGAACAGCAUCAAAACCAAGGGGAGACCCAUGAGCGAGCGUUGGACGAGCACAGAGAACAAAUUGACCAUCUCCAGCGCACUAAAGAGAUAGAGAUCUCCAGACUCAAAGAGAAUGUGUACAACCUGAAGGAGGAGAACCGGCAGCUGAGGAAAGCACAUCAGGAAAUCCGCACACAGCUACUGGAUGUGCGGCAACAACACACAAACUUAAGGACUGCAAAUGAUCAACUUAAAGUCACUGUAGAUGACAACAGGAAUGCACUCGCCGUGGCAAAGCUUCAGGUGGAGGAGCUGCAACGUCUCAAAGGAGACACCACCCACAGGGAUAGCGUGACUGUGGCACACAGCUACAGAGCAGAGAGGGCCCAGAGCAGUGCUCCAGAAGCAGCCAAGAUAAAGCCCAGCCCUCAUCCCCAGCCAGGGCACACCACCGCACAGGAACAAACUCCCAUAAUCAGUGAGAGGCAGAAGGUGGCCUCUGAAAUUUCUCAUCAUACAGAUGUGGUGGACGUUCAGCCUGACAUAAAACAGACAGAGGGACCAAAACAGGCCACGAUUGUUCCUGCAAAGGAAGAGGCAAAAGAGCCAAAGAUUUCAGAGCCCCGUGUAAAGACAAGUUUUCAGCACUGGCGUAGUCGGCUGGAGCACAAUGUGUUGGAUGGGGAUGCUGGCAAGGAGCUGCUAUACUCUCACGAGGAGGAGAAGAGGAGAGACGGUCCCGGCAGACAGAAGAGGCAGCCAGAGAUCUUAAAUCCAGACAUACUUCUUGACGACUUGCAUGUACACCGCAAGAGCAAAAAGGAGGCUGACGACAUUCACAUACCUGUUGAGGACCUGAAGGAUGAGGUGCUGAAUCCUGCUGGGGAUCCAAACAACCAAGGAGAGGAUGAAUUUGAAGUGGUAGGACAGCAGCCACAGCAGGUCAAGCUUGCACGACUGGAUGAGGUGGCCCACCGGCCAACCAGCAGCCACGAGAGAGUGGCACAGGAGGAACAGCUGGUGAUGGCAGGAAGCCCUAACCAGCAAGAGGAGAAUCUGGACGACCAGUACGAAGAGCCAGAGGAAGAGGCUGGGGAUGACAUUCUGGAGGAGAAACAGGAAAAAGAUGAAGACGGAGAAAAUGAAGAAGAUCCAUACAGUGAGGAAAAUGCAGAACAAGGGGCAUGGAAUGAAGACAUCCAAGAUAAAGAGCAUAAUAAUGAAGAAGAUUAUAAAGAGGAUGUGGAAAUAGUGGAGGACCCCGGAGGGCCUGGGGAAAUCCACACAAUCAGAAGAGCAGAGAUGUAAAACUGACUAAAUAA